AUGACGGCUUCACAGGAGGUGGUGGCUGCGGGCCCCGAAGGCCUCUUUUCCUUCAAGCGCGUAACUGACCACGCUUCCAAGCCAUGGUCCAAUCCCCGCCCCUUUCCAGGCACGCCUUUAAGCAGCUCAUCUGUCUCUGGUAUUGCGUUACAUGAGAGCAGAUGGGGCAAAAGAUUAGACGUAUUUUGCGUCGCCAACGGCAACUUAUAUGCUUUCAGUCGGUCCACCAGCGAGAAAGAUGCGAAGACAACACCACCCUCGUUUGUUGCGGACUCAUCCCCGCCCCUGGCCACGUACCGUGUUAGCGGCACGCCAUCCGUUACCACGGUAAAGGAGGAAUCGUACAGCAAUUCGACAGAGCGAUAUAGUUUGAUUGUCCCCAGCCGAUCGGGUGGUUUGCUGCACACGUCCAAUGGACCCAAGAAGCAGUCAGGCUACGGGUCUUACUCAGGGCCUAAGACCGAAUGGGAGCCGGUCAACCAUGUGGCCACUCACCUAGGUGUCAUCUCAGCCGUCACUGCCGCGACGCUCGAAAAUGACAAGACAGAUUCAUAUGGCUAUGGUUCCAUGUUGGUCGACAUUGUCGCGGUCUGCAUCGCGCAAGGUAGAUUGCACUCAGUCGAGGGACCUUUUACUGAGCCCACAUCCGGAUCAUACUUUUCCACCCCCAAUGGAUGGAAAGGGGAGAUCACACACAGAAUUGACCACCCCGGCGAGGUGACAGGCAACCCGGUGCUGCUUCAAGAAAAACUUCAGAAGGGUCAGUUAGAUCUUCUCGUCCCCUCAGCCGCAGGGGGCAUCUUCCACUUCGUCCGGACCCCGUCUACGCCCGACGAAUGGCACAUGAUCGGACGCAUUGGAUUUCCUAAUGAUCUCCCGCCGGCGGGCAGCCUGGCUUUUUUCCAGCUCAAGCCACCAAAUUCAUCCAUAUACUCCCAACCCACGAUACUUGGAGCCGCUCUUGAGAUUGGGGGCCGGCUCUAUACCAUUCAGACAUCAUCACUUCACCACCCAUGGUCUGGGUGCCAGCUCUAUCCAGUUAAGGGGCCAGGACCUUCGUACAUGUAUCAUUGA